AUGUUUGAAAAAUAACUCGAAAAAAUAUUGAAUUGGGUUUUGGGAAAAUUUAUCGAUGGAUUUGACGCAUAAAACCUUCAUAUUGGAAUAUGGAGUGGAGAAGUUACCAUAUAAAAUGUUGCAUUGAAACCUGAUAUCAUUAAAAUGCUUGAAUUACCUAUCAAACUGUGUUUUAGCCAUGUAGGAAAAUUGAAGCUAAAUGUACCAUGGAAAUCUUUAACUAGUUCGCCAGUUGAAGUUGUUUUAUCUGAUUUAUAUCUGAUAAUUUCUUUAGAUCAUCCAGAUCACUGGUAAUUUAUGGAUUACUCAGGUUUCAUAAAGAAAAUGGAGAUUCUUGAAAAAUUUAAGGAAUAAAUAGUUAAAAGCAUUUCAGAAAAUUCAAAGUAGUAAAAUGAUAAGGAUGAUGGGUAUUUCAUGAAGGUAGUGUUUAAAAUAAUUGAUAAUAUAUAAUUAAGCGUAACGAAUAUACAUAUAAGAUUUGAGGAUACAAUAAGGAAUGAAUUUGCAUGGGGAAUAUCACUAAAAUCAGUAGAGACCUUCACCUGCAAUUCAGAAUGGAAAAAACAAUACUUCGAUAGAACAAAAGAAGAGAAUAAAAAAGUGCCUCUAUAAAAAUUGUUAACAUUAAUUAAUAUUGGAGUAUACUGGAAUUAAUAAGAAAAAGAGUUAUUCAAUUCCUUAGAGAAGGAUGAAAUAUUAAAAAAGAUGGCAGAAUUAGUAAUAUCUCAAUAAGAUCCAAAAGAUCAUCCAAAGUUUGCUUAAUUUAUGUUAUUACUUAAUGCUUCAGGUAGAUAUUAUUAGAAUACAUCUGGCAAAUUUGAUUCUCCUGAAUACUCAUUUACCCUUGAAUUGAAUACAAUUGAUUUGGCAAUAGAAAAUUCAUAACUCUAAUAGUUGAUAAAAAUGGCAGAACUAUUCUCAUUAUAUUAAAAUAGAUUAAAUAAAUAGAAGAAAUAGAAGUUAUUGUUGACAAAGCAAUAAAUUGAAGAUUAAAUAUUAAUCUUUUAAAAUUUAUAUGAAAAAAUAUUAAGAAGUUCUGAGCAAACAAAUAAGGCCUUGACAAAGAAUGAAAAUGAUCUUUUUGAACAAUCUGUUAGUAAUUUAAGUAUUGAUAUUCUGUGUGAAUCUGCAAGAGAGAUAAUAAAAGUAGUUGAAAAAGAAAGAGCAAUAAAGGAAGCUGAGGAUAAAAAGAAAAAGAAAGGAGGUUGGUUUAGUUGGGGUUCAAAAAAGGAUAAUACCUUAAUAGAUGAAUAAGAAAAGGAUGAACUAUUUAAGUUUAUUGAUAAAUUAGCUGAUUUCCCAGACGUAAAGGAUUUGAAAAGACCACCAGAGUAUGUUAAAUUUGCAGCUAAAUUCUCUUUAAAGUCUGGAACAAUUCAUGUGUUGAAAUAGUUUGAAGCAAAAAGAGAAGGAGUACAAUUAAAAUAUUUUGGAUUUGAAGGUUAGUUAGAAAUUAAAGAAAGUGGAAUGAUUCUAAAUUUAGGAUUAAAUAAUAUUGGAAUUGAUCUUGUAACUGAGCCGAUUAUAAAUAAUGUAGUGAUGUACUCUCAACAAACUAGAAAAGUAUUCGUCGAGUAAGUGAACAAAUAGAAAUUUAUAGAUUUUACUUUUGAAACCAAUCCAGUACAUCAUAAAGGAGUAGAUAAAUAUAUCAAAUUAGAAACAGGAUCUCUUAAAUUGGUAUUUAAUCCAAUCAUUUUGGUUCGAAUUCAAUAAUUUAUUGAUUUUUAAAUAAAGGAUGAAACAUUGAAAAAUGCAGCUUGGGAUUAAGUAGAGUAUGCUUAAGAUUUAGCAGUCAAUUAAAUGGCUAAAACACAAUUAUCAUCAUCUAUUUUAUUUGUGGAUGUGAAGGUAAAAUCCACGAUAGUUUUGGUUCCAAUCCCUGAUACAAAUGAAAAUUGGUUAUUGAAUUUAGGAGAUAUUUCGAUUGUUACUCCAAAUAUGAAUGAAAUUAAUUAUGAUAAGUUUGAGAUUACAUUACAAGAUUUCACAUUUAAGCAUUAUAAAUCAUUUUAAGAGUGCUAGAAAUCUAUCACUAAUGGAGCAUACUUAAAUAAUAUUGAUGAUUCUUUUAGUGUAAUUUAAAAUAUCAAAGUGUCUAUUAUUGCCAAACUUUUGAGAGGCAGUUCAAAACCUCCCAAGGAAUUGGCAUAAAUUUCAGUGGAUGGUGUGCUUCCUUAAUUGAAUGUCUUUGUCAAUCCAUUAAUAUAUAAUCGAAUCAUCAAGGUGGGUGAUUGUUUUAUUGCACCAAUUACAGAACCUGAAGAGGCAAUGCUUAGAUAAUCUAGAUUGACUAUUGAGAAGGCCUAAACUGAAAGAACUGCUUUGGUUGAGACAGCUACUAAAGUUGGUAAGAUUUGGAAAAGGGGGUAAUAGUUGAAAUGGUCUUAAUAUACUGGAGUAUUAAGUGGGGGUUACAUCUAUCUAUUUGCUAAGCCUAAGGACGAAUAGGCAGAAUCCUUCUUUUGGGUUAGGAAUAGUGAUUUCGAAGAUGUGCCCUAAGAGGAAGCAGGGAUGAGUAAUGCAUUCUAUAUAAAGAAUAAAUAUGGAGACACAUUAGUAGCAUUUGAUAAACAAAAGAUGGCCAAUGAUUGGAAGGAGGCCAUUGAAGAAAUGAGAACAUAAUUGAAGGCUGAGAAAAAUAUUGAACAUGUACAUACACAUAGUAAUACAAGUAUGAGUAAAGAGAGUCGACCAUUAAAUUUGAAAUUUGAAUUAUCUGGAUUCUGUUUACAUUUACAAGACGAAAAAUUAAGUGAUUGGUUAUAAGUAGUAAUUAGUGGUUUGAGUGCUGGUACAUCAAUACUAGAUGGAUCGAUCGAUUUGGAUUUGAAAUUAAGAGAUCUUUACGUAAUAGAUAGUGUGUAAAAUUAUUUGAAUCCAUUAUUUAAGUAUAUUGUGAAAUCGGAUCCAGAUCCAGAAUCAAACGAAUUAAUAAACAUUAAUGUUCAAUAGAUUAAUAAAAAGGAUAAGAGAUACAAUAAAAAGAAUCUGAUCGUCUAAGUUACUUUUGGUACUUUAUGUUUAAUUGCCAAACCUUUAGUAAUUGCGAGACUACUCUUAUUUGUUACUCCAGCAGAUUAAUAGAAUUAGAUGAAAGGUUAUGAAGAAAUGGAUCAAGCAAAGAGGAAGAUAGAGUAGACCAAAAAGGAAUUAGAAGGUGCAGCAUAGACUGUGAAAUUAGAUAAAAUGUAAGACGUAAUUUUGAUGGAUGUCAAUGUUAAAAUAAGAAUACACAGAUUCACUAUUUUACCAUUGGCUGAAAUCAAGAUAGAGAACACUGAAAUAGGACUCAUUAAAUAUGUUGAUGAAUUACAAUUGAAUGGCACAUUGGGGAAUCUACAACUUUUUGAUCUAACCAAUUAUCCAAACACUCUUAGUUAGGAAUCUGAAUAUGAUCAAAUCUAACCUAAAUAAAUGGUUGGAGUCAAACUACAAUAAUAGUCAUUAUUAAAAAUGAAUUUAACCUUGUUCUCAGAUGGCUCAUCCAAGAUAUUUAAUAAUGUUAAUAUCAUCAUCGAUGUAGAAAUGAGUUAAUUAAUUAUACAUGUAAUGAUGUAACCAGUCUUGAGAUUAUUAGAUUACACUCUCUAAUAAUUGCUUUACGCUCUACAAAAUCCAAAGUAAACCAUAUCUCCCAAUUCAAAUUUAAUCUAAUUAGAAGAAGAAUCUAUCGAAUAAUAUUAAUAUUAAAGAACCCAAUAUGCUAGAUAAACUAUCAAAUUGUCAGAGGAAGAAGCAUCUGUCCUAUAAAAAUUAUUAAAAAAUCCACCAGGAAUGAAAUUAAAUGUUAAAAUUCACAAUCCUUAAGUGAUACUUAAACCAAACUAAAAUUCAAAUUCCGCUAUGAUCAUUGAUUUGGGAACCAUAUUUGUAUCAAAUAAAAGAAUCUAAGAAACAAACAGAGUAAUUGGUUAAGGAUCCGAACCUGUUUGGGUAGAAUAAUUUAUAUUAAAUAUGAAGGAUAUCUAAAUUUAUUAAUAAAACGAAUAAACUAAAAGGGAAUUCAGUUUACCAUUUGAUUUUAAUAUAAACGUUGAAAUAUUUACACUUGCUGAGAAAUAUGCUUUGAAUUAUCCUAAAUUGAAAUUUGAUGAAUAAUUAAAGAUCAAUUGUUUUGUUGCUCCAAUGAUUUUGUAAAUGACCCAUUCUGACUACAUGUUCUUAAUGAAAUGUCUAUUUCACAAUAUUGCAUAUGAUGAUGGAUUUGAUAACAUGAUAAGAAUUAACAAUCCGGAAUAUUUUAAAGCCUUCUUUGCAUAAUAGGAUUUGUAAUAGAUUAAAUUAAAAGAAAUGCUUAGAUAGUAAAAUGAGAAUCCAUAAAUCAAUUUCUAAUUAGAUAUCGAGAACUUUACUAUAUUUUUACUAAAAGAUAUUUAACCAAAACCAACUCCCUUUUAAAGAAUGACUUUGAUUUUAAUGAGAAUAACAUUUUAAAAGUGUAAUAAUGGAUCAAUGAAAGUCAAUCUAUUGAUAAGAGAUAUGGAGGGCAGCAUGUUUUAAGGGGAUUAAUCCUUACAAGAAUUUCAUGAAUUGCCUUUUAUUGGUAAUAUGAAUUUUCAUUAAAAAUAUACUUAUGAACAAGUAACCAAUUUAAAUGGUUUAGUAAGAGGAAAACAAGGAGCAUAAAGUAAUGCAGAUCAAUCAAUGAUUUUGGCAAGUACUGGUUAACUUAGUUAAAGGACGAAGAGAGAUUAAAUUUUUAGGUUUGAGGAUGCCUUUGAAUAAUAGAAUGAUGGCAAUAUUCAAUACAAAUUGAUGUUUUCAUUAAUAAUGAAUCUUAACGGAGAUAAAUUAAUUAAUGUUGAAUUGUCUGAUUUUAAGUUGUAAUUACAUGCUGGCCCUCUAUUUGAAGUACUUUAAUUAAUAGCUAUGGAUGAUCCAGACUUAAAUGCAAAACCAGGAAAAUUUGUUAAUAUUUAAUUAUAAUAAUAACUAUAAUAGUAAUAAUAAUAGUAUGGGGUAUUGUAAAUAAAAGUAAACUUAAGGAAUGUAAUCACUUGUGUCCCAUCGUAAGUUGAAUCUAAUGUCUUAGCUAUUCGUGGGAUAUUUGAGAUUACUUUGAAAAUGUAUCCAUAAAGAACUUAGAAAUAAGUUUAAGCAGAAAUUAUGGAAAAGAAUAUCCCAGAAAAAGAUUGGAACAAAUUGAAUAUUGUUAUGUCAAUAAAUGCUAAAUUAUAAAGGAUAGAAAUCUUCCUAUGUAAAAGCUAUGAUUUAGGAAAGAAGGAUGAUUUUAAGUAAGUUAAAAAAAGAGAAAUUUUGUAACCUGCUGACAUUGAAGUAACGAUAAUCAAGGCCGCUGUGUACUAUGCAAAUUCAACAGAGUUUGGAGAUGAUAUUGAUAUUGUUUGUAGAAUCACUCCAAUCAAUUUAAAAGUUUCCUUUAAAGACUUACUCACUAUCCAAACUGGUUUAACAUAUUAACUGAGCUAGAUGCCAAAAUAAAUCCCUGCCGCUAAUAAUGAGCAAAUGAAAAAUAAUGAAUUGUCUAAAUUGGACACUUCUCAUCUUGAUAAAAUAUCAAUGAAUUCAAUGAGAAUAGAUUUGGAAAUUGAAAAAACAAAAGUAGUAGUAUUAAAUGAUAUGGGCAACACCUUUGCUCCAUUAUUCGAUUUAUAAGUAGAUCUAAUCAAAAUUCUAUUACAAAAGAAACCUAUUCUUACUGAAAUUAGUAUUUUAAUCCCCUUUGAGUUUAAGAAUUUUAAUCCUCUUACCUCUAAAUGGGAACCAAUCAUUGAGAAAAUAGAAUUUCAAAUAAUUUACUUAUCUAGUUUGUUGGGUGAAACUAAAAACCUAAUCACAAUAGAACAAUUAAAGGAGGAUGCAUCUUUUAAUCUUAAUAUAUCUUCAAUCUGUAUUUAGACUGUUCUCAAGGUGCUGAAAAUUAUGAAUAAGAUCUUUAAGAAGUCAAAUGCUAGAGAAUAGAGAAGCAUGUCAAAAUCAUCGUUAACGUCUGAGAAUGAGGCGAGUGAAGUACUCAUUUAAGAAUCACCAUAUGCAAUAAGAAAUUUAACAGGGAGAGCUCUUCAAGUUGAGUAUAUUGAUAAAAAUAAUUAAUCACCUUUGAAUGUACCUGUAAAUCAAUAAUUAAAUUUGGUGUAUGACGAAGAAAUGGAAUAGAUGAAUAGUAAUAAAAUAAGAAGAGUAAAUGUAAACAUUAAAUUGGAUAAGACGACAUUUCCAUUGAAAUAUAUUGAUUUAGACAAGACUAGAGGAAAGCUUUACGAGCAUCAAAAUCUACAAGUCUAUGGUAUAGUCAAAUUAGACUAAGUAACAAGUUAGAAGAUACUAAUAGUUUCAUCUCCAAUUAUAAUUGUAAAUAAAACAAGCAAAUCUAUAGUCAUACAAAUUAGUGAUGAUAAAAACUAAUAAAUAUUUAAAUUAUAGCCAUUGAUCAAUGAAUUAGAUUUAACAAAUGUUGUACCUGUGCCAGUUGGAUUUGAUAAUUCUAAAUUUUGUUUAAAGGUUGAUAAUUGUCCACAAUUUUCAGAAGAAAUAAAAAUUGAUGCUUUAAUUAGAAAUUCAGCUGUAGGAUAGCCAUAAGCAAUACAUACAAGAGAUGGAAUUUAUAUUCAACUGAAAGUAUAUUUAGAUAAGGAAUACAAAGAUAAAGUUAAAAUAGAAUUUCAAGCACCUUAUAGAAUAACAAACUCAUUGCCAAAAGAAAUUUACGUUCAAAUGUUAAAUCAAAGAAAAGAAACAACAUAUAUCAAGAAAAUAUAACCAAAGGAAACCAUGGAAGAUUAUAUGCAUAGUCUAUCUAGUAUUGAAAACAAAAACAACACUUACAUUAGAGUAUUAUUGUAAGGCUUUUAUUGGUCAAGUGAGUAUCAACUAUCAUCACCAUUAAUUGAGGAAGGAUAAAAGAACAAAAAUGAUUAUUUGGGAAAAUUAUAAUUAGUUGAUGGAAUAGAUAAUCAAUUAUCAUUAUUAAUCUUUGAGCCUUGGCGAUAAUCAGACUAUAAUAAAGCAACAAGAGAGUUUGUAAUUCAUAGUACUGGCUAUAUAAUAAAUAAAAGUGGAAUGGAUUUGUAAUAUUAUACAUCUGAAAAAAAGAAGAACUUAGCACCAAUUGCAGGAUAGAAUCCAAUCAAUUCAGGAGAUUCAAUAGAUAGAAAUAUAAUCUUCAUUGGAUAAGAGUGUGGAAACAUAUUGCAGUUGUCUCAUUCAUCUGCUCCUCAAAAAAUAUCAUAAUUCCCAAUUUAAAUAUCAUCUAGUAUUGGUGAACCAUUCAUUGAUGUCAUUAGGGUAGAUGAAGAGGAUUCUAGUAGAUUUCUUUAAACAUAUCUAGGAGCUAAACUGGAUUUGAAGGUUUGUAAUAACAAAUACACUCUUUUUUCAAAGGUGAUAACAAUAGAGCCUAGAUUUAUAUUGGUAAAUAACACUGAUAAAGAAUUGAUAAUACACGAUCUCGAUGGAACUUAUCAUUAAAUUAUUUAACCUAAUCAAAGAGCCAUUUCCUAAGUUAAAUAUAAUGUCAAGCAGAAAGAUCCAUUUGAUUUCCAAUAUAUAACAAUGAAUCUAAAUGAAUAUACCUAUCAUCCAAGUGGCAGAAUCAAUAUAUGCUGCGUUGGUAUAGUAAAUUUUCAAUUGAGAAAAACUCAAAACUCUUAAGAGAAAUUAUAUUUUAGUUGUGACAUUAGAAAAGAAGGAUGCAGUUUAUAUGUCAUCUUUAGUUAACUCUCUCUCGAUUAAGCACCAUAUAAAAUAGAACUUGAAGCUGAAGCAUUAGAAUUAGUAAUUUAAGAGUUGAAAGUCACUCUCAGAUAAGAUAAUUAAGUUGCCUACUUUGCUUCUGAUGAUCCUUAAUAAACCAGUAGGAUUUUGAAUGUAGAAUUGAGAGUUGCAGAUGAUCCUUAUAAUGAUUUUACCCCCUUUAAAUAUAAACUUAAUCCAGAUAUCAUUGGUGUAUUUAAGAUCUACACUUUUAAACCUAAAAAAGGAUCUAUGGCUAAUCCUAUUUCUGUUGCUUUGACUAUCAUGCCUUAAGGUAAUCAGAAACAUGUUAAAGUGGCCAUAGCCACAUAGGAAUAAAUAACACUCUAUCAAUCAAAACCAAAAUAGGACUUCUUAAAGUAAGUCAAAGAGAAGGAAAAUCUUGGAAUAGAAAUGAAUGAAGACUCCAUAAGAUAAUCGUAUUCGCUAUAGUAAUCACGUCAAUCUCAAUAAUAAGAUGGUGAUAAAAUCUUGACGAGAAUAAAUCUUAAGAUUAAUGCAUUUUCAUUAUCUGUUAUUCAUAAUUCUCAAAUGAAAAAGAGACCAGCAGAAUACUUUCACUUUUUAUGUAAAAAUAUAGAAUUUGUUGUUAUCUCAACAGAUAUUAGUUAAGUUGUUUAAUUGAGAGUACAAUAUAUAAAUUUUGAUCAUAACGCAUAAUUUUUUGUUCAAUUUCCUGUUAUUUUAACACCUUAAAAAUAUUCAAUAUAUUAACCAACUUAAAUCUAAUAAUAAUAAUAACAAUAAUAAUAAUAGUAAUAGUAAUAAUAGGAAGCUGUCAAAUAAUUUUAAUAGAGCGAAAAAUACUUUUUCAACUUCUUGAUCAUGAAGGAUAAUAGAGUUACAUCAAUCAACUUAUUUUAAAAUGUCACUUUGGAAAUAGAUCCAUUUGAAGUUAAAAUAGAAUAGCUAUUCAUUAAUAAUUGCUUAGAUUUUAUUUGGGCUAUAACAUCGUAUUAAGGAUUAAUAAAUGAUUAUAAUAAAACCUAAUCAGAAAUUUUAAUGAAAUAAAAAUAAUCAGAUACUCAAUCAUUAUAAGAAAAGUAAUAGAGUAGCAAUAGUCAAGCAUAAAUUGAAUCAGUUUACUUAGUGAAUGAAGAGUGGAAAACUAAGUAAUUACCAAAAGCAUAAUUACCAACUUAUAUCAGUGAAAUCAUCAUAUCCCCAAUAGCCAUAAAUGUCACUUUCUAAAUGACAGGCAAAGGAGAUCUAAAACUAAAAUAGUCUGCCUUAUUUUCAUCCAUAGCCUAAGCUUUGGGAGUUGCAUUAACAGAUGUAAGUGAUGCACCAAUUGUUAUUUCAGGAUGGCAACUCGAGAAUUGUUUCGAUACAAUUCCAGGAAUACUUAAGAAAAUGUAGGAAUUUUAUCUUGCUGCAGGUUUGAAGUAACUAGGCAAAUUAAUUGGAAGCUUAUCAAUUAUAGGCUUUAAAGAUUUCAUUGAUAAGCCAGCUGCAGGAUUAACUUAAGGUCCUUUAGAAGCUGGUUUGGGAUUAGCCUAAGGAGCUGGAUCAUUAGUAUCUCAUACUAUAUUAGGAGCAAUAAACUCAGUUAACAAAAUAGCUGGGAGUGUAAGUGGAGGUUUGGCAAAUUUGGCUAUGGAUGAAAAUUAUUUAAGAAAGAGAGAAAAGAUGAAGAUGUAGAAACCAAAGCAUAUUGGCGAAGGUCUAGGAUAAGGAGCCCAAUCAAUAAUGACAGGAAUAACAGAUGGAAUUGCUGGAGUAUUCUUGAAACCCAUAUAAGAAACCAAAGAAAAGGGUUUGAAAGGAGUCUUUACUGGAACAGCUAAAGGAUUUGCUGGACUCAUCAUAAAACCAAUAACUGGGGUUUUAGAUGGAUUCUCGUAAACAGCAGCUGGAAUUCAAAAUACAGUUCAAUAUUUUGAAGAUAAACCUAAUAAUAAUAGAUCUAGAAAUAUCAGACCUGUUUAUGGAUAUGAGGGAUAUAUUACUGAUUUCGUUUCACUUGAUGCCGAAGCCUAUGCUACUCUUUAGUUCAUACGUAGGGGCUAAUUAAUAAACAAUAGAUUUGUAGCAUCCUACUUUUUGAAUUCCGAACAGGAUGGUUAUUGCAUGCUAGUCUUGACUAUUGAGCAUUUUAUAUACAUGUCAGUAAAGACUAAGAAGAAAGUUUGGAUAUUGGCCUCAAAUGAAAUUACUCAUUUAGAGAUCGUUCCUUCAGGACUCAAGAUUUAAGUGAACAAACCUUAAAAACAAUUGAAAAACAAAUACAUUACUUAAUUAGUCUUAGGAGAAGACUUGAAAUAUGAUAUCUUUUAGACUAUGUAGAGCAUAUGGGAUUCGGUAAAGGUAAAUAAAAAUUGA